AUGGGAGACUUCAAUGAAAUAGUGCGUGUGGAGGAACGAAAAGGUGCUGAUAGUUUAUCCAGGUCUGCAGAGGAGUUUAAGGAAUGGAUCCAGGAUAUGCAAUUAGUGGAUCUCCCACUCACUGAUCGUAAGUUUACCUGGUUUCGUGGCCGCUCGUGCAGUCGUCUUGAUCGGGCUAUGGUUAGUGUGGAAUGGCUAGAAGAGUUUCCUGAGAUUCGGUUGAAGGGCGGACCCAGGGGUCUGUCAGAUCACUGUCCUAUAAUAGUGGAAGAAAAUAUAAGAAGGGGAGGUCCUAGGCCGUUCCGCAGUCUUGAUUCGUGGUUUACUCAUGAAGGUUUUCUUCGAAUGGUGAAGGAGGAAUGGAAAGGUUUAGGGGAGAUGCAGUUCACUGAUAAGUUGAAAGCGCUGAUGGUUCCUUUGGGAAAAUGGCACAAGGACAACUUCAGGGAGAUGGACAACAAAAUUCAGAGGUUAGAGGAAGAGAUUAGGAAGGUUGAUGAGUUGGUAGGAAAUGGAGUGUAUGAUGGAACUAUGGAGGCUAGAAGAAAGGCGUUAGUUACUUGUUGUGAGAGGUGGUAUGUGAGGAAAGAGGUUCACUGGAAGCAGAUGUCUCGAUCUCGACAAGCAAAGGAUAUGGACAAGAACACAAGAUAUUUCCAUAAUAUAGCGUUUGCAAGAAGAAGAAAUAAUAGGAUUGAUUCCCUGGUUGUUAAUGGCAGGCUGGUGAGGAACCAGGCUAGAAUAAAAAUAGCUAUCAGAGAGUUCUAUAAAGAUCUAUACCAUCAGGAAGCUUCUCCGGUGUUGGGGUUCCGAGAAGGUCUUGUGGAAAGGAUAGAUGAGGAAGACUCUGCGAUAUUGGAGGCAAUGCUGUCGGCCGUAGAGAUCAGGGAGGCCGUUUGGGAUUGCGAGUCAUCUAAAGCGCCAGGUUGUGAUGGUUAUAACAUGAAUUUCAUCAAGAGGUGCUGGGCGGAGAUUGGUUCUGAUUUCACGGCUGCUGUGAUGGGAUUCUUCCAGACAUCCAAGUUACCAGCGGAGUCAAAUAUAACUUGGGUGGCGCUGGCACCUAAGUUUUUUGGUGCAAAGGAGAUCAAAGACCUGCGGCCCAUUAGUAUGGUGGGUGUGUGUACAAGGUUAUCUCGAAGGUGUUAG